CUUGACGUGAAAAGCCGUCAUUCGUAUGUGAAAAUCGGAAAAUAUACAUUUGAAUUAACUUAUAAAAUUAUUAAUGAAAUAACAAUAUGAAUCUGCGUACUAUAGUACUAUUGAUUAUAAUAAAGUGAUUAUUUGUUUCCAUUUUAUUAUGGUGAAUUUGUGGUUGUGUAAAUAAAUAAAAUGUGUUGACCGUAUAAACAAUACGGAUUACGGAUUAAUAAUUAAGCUAGGCGCCAGAAUGUCUGAUGAGCUCGAAGCUCGUAUGUGGGAUGAAGGUGGUAGUAGUUAUGAAAGAAGCCGUGGAGCUUUCUAUGAAUCUGCUUUCGCCUCGUCAGAACAUUUGGAUAGAGCACCAUUAUUAUCUGAGGAAACCUACACCGAAGUCCCUGUGGCGACGGCUCCCGACACGGAGGAGCACUGCCACUGGAGUCGGCCGGAGCCCCCCAGCGCGGUGCCCCAGCUCGUCACAGCUCUCAUACUCUGCGCAGUCUUUAUGAUCUGCGAGAUCAUCGGCGGUUACCUGGCCGGCAGCCUGUCGGUGAUGAGUGACGCGGCCCACAUGCUCAGCGACUGCGGCGGGUUCGCACUGGCUCUGCUCGCCUUCCGCUGCGCCAACCGUCCGGCAACCAGUCACAUGUCCUACGGGUACCGACGCGCUGAGGUCCUGGGUGCGAUGGCGUCCGUGAUCCUGAUCUGGGCGUUGACGGGCGUUUUCGUGUACGUGGCGGCGUUGCGGCUUCAUACUGGCGAUUAUCACAUCGAGCCCGACAUGAUGAUGGUCGUGUCUGGCUGUGGGGUGGCCUUCAACGUGCUUCUGGCGGUCGUGCUGCACGGGUGCGGCUCCGACAUCGCCCACCACCACACGCAUGGCGGCGCGUCGUGUUCGAAUGCGCACGCGCACACAUACAAGUCGCGCUUCCGGUUCUUCAGACGGCAGGAACAGAAGCAGGCGAACGGAAGCCUGGCCAACGGGGACUACGGGAUGAAGGAUCUUGCUGCGGCCGAGGCUACCGUGGUCGCCGGCGCGCCCAGGAACAUAAACCUCCGAGCUGCCCUUAUCCACGUGAUCGGAGACCUCAUUCAGAGCUGCGGGGUGCUUCUGGCUGCAAUACUCAUCAAGUUUUAUCCGCAAGCGAAGGUGAUAGAUCCAAUCUGCACGUUCGUCUUCAGUGUGCUCGUGUUGAUGACGUCAGCGCGCGUCGUGAGGGACGCUCUAGCCAUGCUCAUGCAGGCCGUUCCUGAUAACUUCAGGUAUCGGGAGUGUGUGGGUGCUUUGUCCACGGUGAGUGGCGUGAGGCAUGUCCACUCGGCGCACGCGUGGGCUCUGUCCACGCAUCACGUGGUGUUGACCGCUCACAUCGCUAUAGACGAGUUAUCCGAGUGGGAGACGGUCCUGUCCCGCUGCCAGUCGGUCGCGCGGCAAUACGGCGCCGCAGACGCGUGCCUGCAGGUGGAGCGGUACCGCGGGGAAAUGGCCUCCUGCCGGGACUGCGGCACACUGGCCGCGCCCUGACACCUGCGCACCCUCUGCGACAGGUGAUCACCUGUGCCGCACGAUUAGAAAAUAAUUUUAAUCGAGGGCAAAGUUCGCGCCGCAACAGAGUGUCAAACCAUGAAACAAAAAUGUGAUAAGUGAUAAUAUGAAGUGUAUUUUAUUAAAGUAUUAUUUAAAGUAAUUAUUGUUAAAAUGUUGUCUAGCUGUUGUAUUCGUCUAUCUAAUAGAGAUAUUGUACUUGUGCAUUGUAGAACAUAUUUUAGAAAGAAAAUUGGUCAUAUUUUAUAAAAUCGAUAUUAAUUUUUAAUGAAGGAAAGUAUUUUAAAAAAGAUUCAAUGUUAGGUCUAUCUGUUAUCUUUCUCUAUCUUUCAAAAUACGACGCCUAGUUUUUUAUAUUUCUCUAUGACGUGCCAAUAACUGUUCUUACUGAAGUAUUUUUAGUAGUGAAUUUUAAAAGAAACUGAACUGAAAUACCUCUACACAGUGUUGAGUUUUCGUGGUGUAAACAUAAUAUUAUGACUUCCGUGUUUAUUUUAAAGAAUAUGAAUAUAUAUUUCAACGAAAUCUCACAAUUUCUAUUUUCAUCUUAUUCCAUUUAUUAUUGCAUUUGAAAAAAUCAGAAUGUCAAUAGCAAGCAAUUGUGUAGAGUUGAUUAGUGUAUGUAUUGCAAUUAGUAUGAAAUAUUUUUCGUACAAAACUUCAAAGGUGUCUAAAGGUGAUCUCAUGUUUGCUCACUAUUUAAAUUAGCACAAAAAUAAUAUUGUAAAUGAAUUUAUAAAAUUGCCAAAUGUAGCUGCUAUGUAUAUUUUGUUCAAUGAGUACUUAGAUGUAGUUGUCUAGACAAGUUGUGCCAAAUAUUAGAAGGCUUCGUUGUAUAUUUUGACAAAUUAUUAAUGAACUAUUGUGAGUGUGUCUUAGAUCUCGCUAUUUGAUAUUAUUAACACAAAAAUUUACUACCUUACAUGUUGUUUAACCAAAAACUUUAACUAUUAUUUUCUCGUUUUAAAAUAGAAUAUUUAAAAGCCAAAACUAUAAAGUUUUUAAUUAAUUAAGUACUUCAUUUAUAAUGUAUUAUUAGCCUAUUAUAGUAUCUUUGUAUAUAUAUAAUAUAUCAGUAUUUCUUAUUUCAUCAUUGUUAUAGUUUAGUUCAAGUAAAAUCUUACGACUGUAUCAAAUAGCGACAUCUAGCGACACAAGUAAGAAAUUAAAUAUAAGAACAUUGCUGUUGACUGUUGUAUAAAUAUUGAAAUUUAGAUGUUAAGUAAUAUAAUAGUACAAUAAUAAUUAUUAUAUAUAUAGAUAUUUAUUUUGUAAUCACGCAUUGAAUAACAUUAGGCUGGUACUAUUUUUUUGUGUAGAGUAACAAUCAUUUUGUAUAAAAACUCGGUAAAUACGUAAUCAGUUUACAGUAAGAUGGCUCGUGUAUCGUAUUUAUUAUUAUAGCAUAGGUUAUAUCUUUUCAGUGUUAAGUGCCGCCAUUUUGUUAACCAGUGUCAUUAAUCACCAUAGAGUAUAUUACACUGUGUUACUCAGUAUUAUAUUGAAUGUGAUAGAUCAAUGAUAUUAUUUUAUGAAUUCAAUAUAUGCUCAGAAAACAACUGAAAAACGCAUAAGGUUGGCUCGAGUAAAAAAAUUAAGAAAAAAAAUAGGCCGUGUAAUUACGUUCGAAAUACGUCCCACUUACAACACUUUCAAUGCGCUUAUUAUAAUCUAUUUUUUUACGUAUUGAGUAUCAUUAUGUAGCAUCCAAAGAACUCCCAAUUUGUCUAUGAUAAUUUUAAAUGUUUGUUUGCUCAAAUUAAAUGUAAAUGUUAUUUAGUUAGAUAAAUGCUCGACAUAGACCCUUUGUUAAAAAUUCUAUCUAGCUCCCAUAUGUGACAAAAAUUCUUUAUUUUAGUAUUUGUAGAUAAUAUAUGACUGUGAAGAAUUUAGAUUGAACAUAAACUAUAUUAGUAUUAAUUUAAAUAUGCAGAAUUGAUAAAAAUACAUUUGACUUUUACAUUUAUUCGUCAGUACACGAGAAGUAGGAAGCGAUCAAUGACAAUGUUAAUAAUGGAAGUGAUUGUUCGUACCUAUACCAAAUAGAUCGAAUCAGAAAUGAGGAGAUCCGUCGGAGAACCAAAGUCACCGACAUAGCCUAGGUGGUUGCGAAACUGAAGUGAAGCUCGACGGACAGAUGGCCGUUGGGGCAGUAAAGUCCUCGAAUGGCGACCACGUACCGGAAGACGUAGUGUUGGUAGGACCCCCACUAAGAUGGACCGGCGAUCUGAUCAAGAUCGCCGGAAUAAGUUGGAUGAGGGCAGCGUAGGAUCGAUUGUCAUAUCGAUCUUGGGGGGAGGCCUUUGUCCAGCAGUGGACGUCUUCCGGCUGAUGAUGAUGAUACCACACAGAACACCAAUGCGCCUCUUAAUAACACAUGGUAUCCGGCCACGUACGUACGGAGUACGGCCGGACUAUCGGACGGUUCGGUAGGCGCCUCGCACCAAUUUUUCCGGCGUCCUACUCGGUACCGUCCGGAUGGACAAUGAGACAUACCAUCGAAUAUGGCCCGCUACCAGACCGCAUCCGUCUGUACGUGGUAGAUGCUCAAUGUGUUGUAGUAUUUUACUUUAAUAUAAUUUGAAAACCAACGAUUGCUGUCCAGAUAACAAUUUUAAAGCCAAUUAUAAUCCAAAGGUGCCGAGGUCAAGUUCAAAAUAAAAGUUGGUUUCAUUGACAAAUAUUUUUUAUUAAUCCAAACUUGCCAUACUGGACUGGACAAAAUGUCAAAUGUGUUUAGACAAUGAUAUGAGUCUAUAAAGUUGCUUUAAAGUUAUUUCGAACAUUUAUAGGGUAAUUGUCGAAACAAAUCUAUAUUGCUCUUGGCUUAUUUAUAAAAGCUAAUAUAUAGAUAUAGAGCUACAUAAAUUAUUGAAGCUGAAUUGGAAAAUAUUUUGCUAAUUCAUGUGAAAAGUCUCAGUCUUCGAGAAAUACAAUCUCAUGUUGACCAGUUGUAUGAUCUAAUACUAUUUAAUAGUUUUAAUACCUACGUAUAAUUUCUUACAAAGCCAAUGUUUUAUUAUCGUAAACAAAUUGUAGAUUAAAUGUUUCAUAAUUACAAUUAUUAUUGUAUAACUUUAAUUGUAGUUUGAUAAACAUUAAAAAAUUGUAAGAAAUUAUUGAUAUGGAAGAACCAGUAUUCGCUACCAAAUGCAACCAAAAAUUUUAUUCUAUUUUGUUAUGAAUUAUUUAAUUUAAAUUGUUUAAAUAUUAAAUUUGACGUUAUUAAAUGUAUUUCGCCGUCCUUGUAAUAUGUUGUAAUCGUUGUAUAGUAUGUUGUAAUCAAGGAUAAUAAAUAAAUGAUUUAAAAAUAAAA